AUGAAGGCCAUCAUCAGCGUAAGCCCUGGGCGAGCCGCCCUCGUCCAUGACCGACCGCUUCCCUCUCUACGAAAUGGGUAUCUCUUGGUCCGAACAAAAGCUGUGGCGUUAAAUCCCACUGACUGGAAGCAUAUUGAGAUUACUGAGAGGCCCGGAAUCUUGUUUGGAUGCGACUACGCAGGGGUUGUCGAGAAGAUCGGGCCGGGAAUUUCUUCGCGCUUCCAGGUCGGCGAUCGCGUUGCUGGAUUUGUGCAUGGAGGCAACUCUCAGGAACCCCAAGAUGGAGCCUUCGCUGAGUAUAUUCUGGCAAAAGCCGACAUUCAAAUCCUCAUUCCAGAGCACAUGAGCUUUGAAGAAGCCGCUACGCUUGGAGUGGGCGUCACAUCGGUUGGACAGGGGCUCUACCAAGCCCUCCAACUGCCAUUCCCUGGAACACAAGGGGAAGAUCCCAAAACACCAACAGAAGAGCAACAGCCCCUCCUCAUCUAUGGGGGAUCAACCGCGUCUGGUGUGCUGGGGAUUCAAUUUGCAAAGCUCUCGGGAUUUGCACCUCUAGCCGUUUGCUCUCCAGAUCACUUCGAUCUGGUAGAGACGCUGGGGGCCGUGGCUCAAUUUGACUAUGCUGAUGGUGAAGAAGCUGUCCAAGAAAUUCAGGACUACGUGGAUCGCAUGAGCAAACCCCUACGGCUGGCCUGGGAUACUGUAUCGAUCCCAUCGAGCGCACAGUUCUGUGGCGAUGCACUGUCCGCUCUCGAUGAGUGCCACUACGCUUCUCUGCUACCCAUAAAAUGCCAGCGGUCAGAUGUGACCAGCACCACGACCAUGGCCUAUACCGUGUUUGGCGAAGAUUGGGGCAUGGGCGCCACGCGAUUCCCGGCGGUUGCUACAGAUGCCGAAUUUGGCCGUCGGUGGUGGGCCUUGGUGCAGGAGCUGUUGGAUCAAGGUCGUAUCCAGACGCAUCGCAUUAUCAUUGGUGAGAAUGGGCUGGAUGGAGUUCUUGCAGGGUUAGAGCGGUUGCGGGACUCUCAAGUGCGUGGCGCUAAGCUGGUCUAUCGGGUUUGA